CUGUGGGCAAGCCGCACUGAGCUAUCGUUCUGCUCUCCGCUCCUACCCGGGCUUCGCGCCCGCCCUGGUGGGCCUAGGCCUGAUUCCUAUUCUUCACGGCGGCCAACCUCGCUGUCUUUCUGACCCCUCCGGCGUUGCGGGUCGCGCAGGGAGGGACAUGGGUGACCGGAAGUAGGAGCCAUGAGCAUCUCCUGGAGCUCAGAUGCUGGAGGCGUUGGCUGGACCACCGCGACGCCCACAUGGAGAGCACUGGGCGUCGAGCUGCGUACCGACAGCUAACCUGGGCACCUGAGCUCUGCAGGGCAGGGUCUUUGCAGAACCUACCGCCCUCCAGGGGCGCGGGAACAUGAGUCUAGAUAAGGAGCCCGCCGUCGGCAAGGCGCAGGGCGCCCUGGCCUGCCCUACUGGCCAGUGAAUCCCUGGAGCCCGGAGACUUGCUUAGUGGCCUCUCCCUGCAGCUGGCGUCAGUGGCAGCAUGGUCUUCUGUUUGGAAAACAAGAUGCCACACCGCCUACUGCGAAGCGCCAUGGUCCACUUCCAAGCCUCCGAAGUCCAGCAACUGCUCCACAACAAGUUUGUGGUCAUUUUGGGGGACUCCAUUCAGAGAGCUGUGUAUAAGGACCUGGUGCUUCUGCUCCAGAAAGACACACUGCUCACAGCCUCCCAAUUAAAAGCCAAGGGGGAGCUGAGCUUUGAACAGGAUCAGCUGGUGGCUGGGGGCCAGCUGGGCGAGCUCCACAACGGAACACAAUACCGAGAGGUCCGCCAGUUCUGCUCUGUCUCUGGCCACCACCUUGUGCGCUUCUACUUCCUCACCCGUGUUUACUCCGAGUACCUUGAGGACGUCUUGAAGGAACUGUCAUACGGACCUGCCCCUGACCUGGUGAUCAUCAACUCCUGCCUCUGGGAUCUCUCCAGAUAUGGCCGCUGCCCAAUGGAGAGCUACAGAGAGAACUUGGAACGAGUGUUUGUACGAAUGGAUCAGGUUUUGCCAGACUCUUGUCUGCUGGUGUGGAACAUGGCAAUGCCUUUGGGGGAGCGUGUCACUGGGGGUUUCCUCCUGCCAGAGCUCCAGCCCCUGGCAGUUUCUCUGCGACAGGAUGUGGUUGAGGGGAACUUCUACAGUGCUACACUAGCUGGGAACCAUUGUUUCGACGUCCUGGAUCUCCACUUCCAUUUCCGUCACGCCGUGCAUCACCGUCAUCGAGAUGGUGUCCACUGGGACCAGCAUGCACACCGCCACCUCUCACACUUACUUCUGAGCCAUGUGGCUGAUGCCUGGGGUGUGGAGCUACCCAAACACGACCCUCUCCCAGCCCCAUGGAUUGAAGACUGGCCAGAGAUGGAUCAUCCAUUCCCGGGAAGCCAUAAGCAGCCUCUAGACUUCAAGGAGAAGCUGGCCUUGCCCCUACUCCCACCUUUCCAUUUGCCUCCUCCCAUGUCUUUUCCUUAUCCACUUCUUCAGCCCUCCCCACCUCCCUUGUUCCCACCCCUGCACCAGGAUGCCCCCUUUUCCCAAGGCCAGCCCUUUCCACCCUAUGAAUUCUUCAAACACAAUGCAAUGGAGGACUUCUCGAUGCCUUCUAACUUAGGAUGUGGCCCUGGAAUGAACUUUGUGCCUGGUCCCCUGCCACCGUCAGUGUCUGGCCCUGUCUCCCAUGGUCAAUACCGGGGCCCUGUGGUCCACCGGGGCAAGCCACGCUAUGUUUCUAACAACCCCUACCAUGUACCAAGGAUCGGUGGGUCAUGUAGGCAGCGACUCAGACACUCAGACAGGCUGAUCCACACAUAUAAACAGGACAGACGGGGACAUGCCCAUUCGGGAACAUGGCCUGGGUAGACAAGAUCUUAGGUUGGAACUAGAGUUGCCAAUGACCCUGAAGGGUCUGCCUGAUACCGGUAGCUGCUGGGCCGGGGUGUUCUUGUCCAUUGCUGAUACCAAUAAAAGCAUGGAAGGACAAAGUGA